CAUAUCAUCUCCCCGUUUUCUCCUCCUCUUGGGUGUCGCCCUUUUCAUUUGGGAUGGCGGCCUGGUUCACAAGGUCUGGAAACAUUGCCCACCAUGUCAAGAGAAACAUGGGCUUCUUCUUCCGACCAGCUCCGACUCUGAGCGACUCUUCUUGGAGUCGUUCACCUGCAUGCCUCGGAAACUCCCCCGCCCUGCUCUGGGCUGGGCGUUUGGAAUCCACUAGAGCUCAGAAACUUGUUGAUUCAGAUUCUGAGAAUGAUGCCCCCCUCCGAGAUGAUGAUCAGGCCAUAGAUUUUCCCGGAGGAAGGGUGAUGCUUACUUCUGAAAUGCAAUUUAUCCCAGGUAACCCUCAACAGAGGGUCCACUGUUAUCAUCUUAUGAAUAACGACGGCCAAACAAAUAUGUGCAGCAGUUUUGAACAGGUGAGCAAGGAAGUUGCAGUGAAGAUGUACAGCGACAUGAUCACCCUUCAAAUAAUGGACACCAUCUUCUAUGAAGCACAGAGGCAAGGAAGAAUUUCCUUUUAUCUCACAUCAGUUGGAGAAGAAGCCAUCAACAUUGCAUCUGCAGCUGCACUCUCUCCAGAUGAUAUUGUCAUGGCACAGUACCGGGAGCCUGGAGUUCUGCUGUGGCGUGGUUUCACACUGCAAGAAUUUGCCAACCAGUGUUUCGGAAACAAGGCUGAUUAUGGCAAAGGCAGGCAGAUGCCCAUCCAUUAUGGGUCUAAGAAGCUCAACUACUUCACUGUGUCAUCGCCCCUUGCCACACAACUUCCCCAAGCCGUGGGUGCUGCUUAUUCACUUAAAAUGGAUAACAAGGAUGCAUGUGUAGUGGCAUACUUUGGGGAUGGUAGCACCAGUGAGGGUGAUUUCCAUGCCAGUCUAAAUUUUGCUGCUGUCAUGGAAGCUCCUGUUAUUUUUCUGUGUCGCAACAAUGGAUGGGCCAUCAGUACCCCUACAUCAGAACAGUUUCGAAGUGAUGGCAUUGUUGUCAAGGGUCCGGCGUAUGGAAUCCAAAGCAUCAGGGUAGAUGGGAAUGAUGCUCUAGCUGUUCAUAACGCAGUUCGUGCGGCUCGUCAAAUGGCGAUUCACGAACAGAGGCCUAUACUAGUUGAGGCCCUUACAUAUCGGGUAGGACACCACUCUACAUCGGAUGACUCCACCAAGUAUCGGCCGGUUGAUGAGGUUAAGCACUGGGAAAUGGGUCAAAACCCUGUAAAUAGAUUCAGAAAAUGGGUUGAAAGGAAUGGGUGGUGGAGCGAGGAAGAUGAGUCUCAGCUCCGGAGCAGCAUCAGGAAGCAGCUUCUGCAAGCAAUUCAAGUUGCAGAAAAAAUGGAGAAACCCCCACUUGCAGACUUGUUCAGUGAUGUUUAUGAUGUUCCACCAUCGAUCCUCUUCGAGCAGGAACAGCAGCUUAGAGAAACUAUCAAAAGGCACCCACAAGACUAUCCCUCUGAUGUUCCUGUUUAGGCCAUGCUCGUGAAUGAAAUUCUAGGAAUUCUAACUCUGGAAAGAUUUAAAUUUCAGAAAUGGCCAUGGGAAGCAAACGAAAUAAGGCAUCUUGGGGCAUUUCUUUGUGAUGUAACAGAGAAGCAUAGAAAUCAAAAUAAACAAAUAAAAAACCAGAGAGGAGAAGGUUAUAUGAUUCA